AUUGUAUACGUCAACUGAGCUGGCAGAGGAGCGAAAUGGGGCAAAAUAAGACGAAUGUAAUUUUAAUGAAUACCGGUCAACCCCAAUAAUAACCGACCCGGAAGCUGACGCGCGUUUGAUGAAUUCAAAGCAACUCUUUAUUGAAUGGGAGCGUUGUUUACAGUCUGCUAACCGGAUACCUCGGCUGUGCGUCUGCCUGCAGCGCGCGCGCUCGCUCUCUGAUGGUCAAUGGUGUUGAUGAUGGAAUCGCAAUGCGAGUACUUUAUGUAUUUCCCGGCGGUACCCAUCUCAGACCUGUCGGACCCGGCUAAAUACCGCACUCUUCCGCGCCGCAGUCACCUUUACCUCGGGGAAACCGUGCGAUUUCUCCUGGUCCUGCGCUCCCAGUCCGCGUCCGGCUCGAGUGAUGGCAGUGGCGGCUCGGAGCAGCACAGCAGCCGCUCGUGGAGGGAGCUGGCCGGCUCUCUGAGCGCCGUGGCCAGCGUGAGCCCCGGCGACAGCCGGCAGCGCACACAGCCUCUGUACCACGACUACCACAGCAGCGGGGACGAGUGCGUGGAGGACACAGACGAGGAUGAUGCUGCGGAGGCGGUGGGCUGUCCGGGGCGAGGGGGCCCGAGGUACCAGGGCUUCAGGGAGUGCAAACCGCUGCUCAUUCACAACAACCCAGGCAACGGCGUGAGGGAGUUCCGCAGAGCUCCUGUGCAGUCUCCUGUGGAUGAGCCUGUCGUUUUAAGCGAUGAAGUAAUCUUUCCUCUGACUGUGUCUUUGGAUAAGCUCCCUGUCAACACUCUCAAAGUGAAGAUAAUUGUCACUGUGUGGAAGCAAGAAGAAGAGAAAGCUGAGAUCCAGGAACAUGGCUACCUCAGCAUCCUCCAACAAAAGAGCCCCUGCCAAACAUUUCGUCAGGAUCUGAACACCUUCAAAGCACAGGUCAGCACCACAUUGAACGUCCUGCCGCCCCCAACAGUGAAGUGUCAGCAAAUGACUGUUUCAGGGAGACAUUUAACUGUUCUCAAAGUGUUAAACGGGAGCUCGCAAGAGGAAGUGUGUGUGCGUGAUGUCAAGAUCCUGCCCAACUUCAAUGCGUCAUACUUACCGAUGAUGCCAGAUGGAUCAGUGCUGCUGGUGGACAAUGUUUGUCAUCAGUCAGGAGAGGUUGCAAUGGCAUCAUUUUAUAGAAUGGACAGUGAGUCCAGUCAUCUUCCCAGCAUGCUCAGCGCUCUAGAGGAGCAGAACUUCCUCUUCCAGCUGCAGCUCAAUAAUCAGCCACAGGAUGAUUCAAAUGAGGGACUGGAGGUGCCAUUAGUUGCAGUUUUACAGUGGUCCACGUCUAAACUGCCCUUCACCAACUCCAUCUACACUCACUAUAGUCUCCCGAGCAUCAGACUGGACCGGCCGCGCUUCAUCAUGACCGCCAGCUGUCCCAGUGCAGUCAGGACCCGAGAGCACUUCCGGGUGCGAUAUACUCUACUCAACAACCUGCAGGACUUUCUGGCAGUCAGACUGGUCUGGACACCUGAAGGUCGUGGCCAGAAAGAAGAUCCUGCGGUGAAUGCAGUGGUGUGUCAUUCGCCUCUCAGUAAUCUGGGAUACUGUCGAAAAGGCAGCACUCUCUCCGUCAGUGUGGCCUUCCAGAUUCUCCGAGCAGGACUUUUUGAGUUGAGUCAGCACAUGAAGCUGAAGCUCCAGUUUACCGCGUCUGUGUCCAAUCCUCCUCCUGAUGCUCGUCCUCUGUCCCGCAAAAACAGCCCGUCAAGUCCAGCGGUCAGAGACAUCUUGGACCGACAUCAGGCCAGCCUCAGUCUGGGCCGCUCUCAGUCCUUUUCACACCAACAACCAUCCAAGUUUCACCUCACAAGGACAGGCAGUGUUAUGGAGCGCAGGGCCAUCACUCCUCCAGUGGGCUCUCCUGUUGGUCGACCGCUGUAUCUUCCUCCAGACAGAAACAUCUUAUCACUCGACAAGAUUGCCAAGCGUGAAUGCAAGGUGCUGGUACUCGAUUCACACAACUAAAUGCACACACAAACACACACACAUGGUAAAACCAUGUUAUGGAUUAAUGUAAAACGAAAAGUGGUUCAACGUCCGUUGUCUUUCAGUUUAAAUUUAUGAUUUAUUUAUUUAGCUCUUUUUACCAUCAUUUAUUGUUUACAUGCUGAUUAUUUUAAACAAUUUGGAUGCAGCUACUGUUUUUGACAAUUCUGACUGAAAGAAUGAUAAAAGAAGCAAGCACACACACACACACGCACACACACACACACACACACGCACACGCACACACACACACUCACUCACACACACACACACACACACACACACUUAGGUUUUUCUAAUUUAUUCAUAGGACAUUUCACUGGAGUCAUGAAGUUUUGAAACUUGUGUUAUACACGUUAAAGAGUCUACUGAUUGCUGUUUAAGGAGAGAAUGGAUGUUAUGGUUUGUCCACAUGGAAUCUGUGCACAAAUCUCAAUUGUUUUUGUUUUAGAAAUCUCUGAUUUGAAGAUUUCUGUCAUUAUUUCUAGGUUGUUGUGCAGCACCCACAGGAAUGUCUGAUCAAUAUUUUGACUAAUUUGGUAAUGGUUUGAUGCACUAGUUGAAGUAAAGAACUCCAUUUAGCACAUUUCACCAUAUUUGAAUCCAUUUUAUAGAUUAGAUUCUCCCUAAUCUAGUUUAAAAACUGAAUAGUAAGUAGGUUCCACCUGAGCCUUGUCAUAUCCAUGCAAAUGCACUUUUCCAGACCAUAUGUCUUUACAUUUCUUUUCUCAAACCUGCCAACACUCUCUGCCCAUAUUUAAUUCCUCUUUGCAUUCCACUUCGUUAAAGUGCUUUUAUUGUUGUUGUUUUUUUUAUUACUUGAAAGAUGGUUUGCAAUGUUGUGCCUGUGAACAACCAGGAGGCUCAUUUAAAGAGACGGUUCACCCAAAGAUGAAAAUGUACCCACUCAAAAUUUGUCCAUACCUAUAUGAGUUUCUUUCAUCUGUUGAACACAAAAUAAGGUAUUUAGUAGAUUACUUGCUGACAAAUAAACAGUAAUACAAAGCGAAAAGGUACAAUUUGAGUACAUGGUGAGUACUUUUUUGUUUGGGCUGAACUGUACCUUUAUUUUUCAGUCCUGUACACUGGAAUGUUUUUGGCCUGGCCUUUUUUACAAUGUCGCGAGUGCAGAAAGUCACCAAUAUUCCUUACUCAUUAGUAAUGUGUAUAUGUUGUUAAAAUGAUAUUUAUUUCAUGUCGACACUCCAGUUCAUCAAGCUUGUACGGGUUUAAUCACACACAACCACAACGUCUAAUGCCUGAGAUGCAGGCAAAUCAACAUGAAGAUGGAGCUCGUAUUAUUGGCAGAAGCCAUUUUAUUUCCGCUCCUCCAUUUGAACUAUUCUUUCUGACACAUUCCUGCUGAAGCGUGCGCUCUCUGAGAUCUGCUCUUUUUGUUUGCCUCUCUUUUUCCUGCUAGAACAAAUGUAUGGUUGGCGUCUGUUAGGCUGUACAGUCAUAUUUAUGAUAAUCGUGAAGCGUCACUCCAUUGUGUGCCAUUUAAUGAUGGAUUUCUUUUUCCCAAUGUUUACAUGUGAUGACUACUGACUAAUCCUGAGGACUGAAAAACUAUAUUUUCCUAUGUUGUGCAAUAUUGCACAUAGUUUUAUGUUGUGAACCUAUAUACAUUAAUACAAAAAAAUGAAGAGACCACCUGAAAAUGUUUUACUUUGAAUUUAUAAGGUGUAUGGGUAAAAUGUUAAUAUUUGUUUUAUUCUAUUAUGGUCUGAUAACACUUUAGUUAAGUGUUUCACAUUAAACUAUUACAGUUAAUUGAUCAAAAUCAGGGUUAUUCCAACAAAUAUUGAUUUCUAAACAUGUCUGGCACUUUUUUGUUAUUUUGACUAAUUAUUAUUUAAUGCUCUAAGUCAGUGUUUCCCAACCCUGUUCCUGAAGGCACAACAACAGUACACAUUUUCAACCUCUCCCUAAUCAAACACGCCUAAAUUAACUCAUCAGAACCCAAGAAGCGACACCAAAACCUGAAGUUAAUGGGUCAGAAAAGUGAGACAUCCAAAAUAUGUACUGUUUUGUGUCUCCAGGAACAGGGUUGGGAAACACUGCUCUAAAUAAAAUAAAUUAUUUCAUUUUAAAUAUGAAGGAAAUGUCAUCAGUACUUUGCAGACAAAACAAAACAAAAAAAAAACACACAUUAUUCUUUAUACAAAACCACCAACUGUAAAUUCCCAUGUGGUCCUUUAUUUUUUCCCGUACCCGUGGAAUCUUAAAUGUUUGAAAUUUUCAGACACAAAUGUUUGAACAGAAUAUCAUUCUGUAGAAAUAUAAACCCCAGAUCCUAAUCCAUAUUUUGGAUGUCGAUGUUUUAAUAUAAACACUGUGAUGUGUUUUCAUUUCCAAAUUCACCACCCAUAUUUCUCUUGUAAUUUCAGUCUGGGCCAGUUUCUUUCUGUUCUUUCCUAUUUAAUUUUUAUUUAAUAUGUGAUACUUGUGAUGAAAGAUGGCUUGGCAAAAUUAGACCAUUUACCGCAGGAGGAGAUGUUCUGAAAAUGUUUAUUACAUUAGCUAAGCUUUCUAAGGCAAGGCGUUAAACGAGUACAUUUCACUGGAACAAAAGUAGGACUAUCAUGUUUAUUUUUGUUAAAGCACUUUAAUUUUUUUUUUGAGGGAAAGGGACUACUUGAUAACUUUGGACUUUAAAAAAACUUUGGCUUUUACCUCUUGACAAGGCAAAUCACAGAACAGCUGUUAACUGACAGGAAUGAGAAGUGCAACUCUAACUGCUGAACUCUUGCUCUGUAUAAAUGUCUUGAGGUUAGAAGUUGAGUAUUGCGCUUGUAUUGUGUGUUUUGCAUUUGUUGAAUUGCCAAGACCUGCCAAGAAGCCCUUCUGGAGGAAAGUCCUUGUGGCGCUCAAUCAUAUAGACGGCUGUUGAAGCAAACUAUUUUUACUCUUCUAUGAACUGCUGCUUUGCGCCUGUUUUUUUUUUUGUUUUUUUUACACCUUCAAUUGCAUUACUGUUUAAAGUGUUAACAAAAGUGUUGGAAAUGUAUGUUGUUGGAAACUGGAUUGUUACACUUGAACAAGACGAAUAAAAGCUGU